ACGCAGCCCGGGUCGCUCCAGCCGAUGCUGUGAUGUCACUUACCGGAUGAACCGGUUAUUCACGUCAAAACAAUCCGGAAGAUGAUACACAAUGACGGAACUGUCGUCGCAGCUGAAGCUUAAUGGACAACAUUAUUGUGGUCUUUAACGAUGGGUGGUGGAACUUUAACACGCUGAUGAGUUUAAACACCAUCACAGCGACUCGGGCAAAGGUUGUCCCCUGUUUUAUGAGUCGUUAGCCGGUCAAGCCUCGGGUAUUUCUCAUUCAAAGUCCAUGUUGACAUAUUGUAGCAGUGUUAGCUCAUCGCAGACUCGCGUAACGUCAUCAUGGGCAAUGGAAUGAAUAAGGUUGUCGACGGGCUCUACCUCGGGAAUAUAAGAGAUGCAGAAAACAGAGAAAGCCUUUCUAAGAAUGGCAUCACCCACAUCCUGUCUGUAUACAACAAUGCUAAGCCAGUGUUUGAGGACAUGACGUAUCUUUGUAUUCAUGCAGCUGAUGCUUCCAGCCAGAACUUAUUGCAGCAUUUUAAAGAGUGCAUCGGCUUCAUCCAUGAAUGUCGCCUGAAUGGCGGGUCCUGUCUUGUUCACUGCCUCGCAGGUGUGUCCCGCAGCACUACCAUGGUGGUGGCCUACCUGAUGACUGUCACCCACUACAACUGGGAUGAGUGUCUAUCUGCGGUCAAGGCCGUUCGCUCCUUUGUCGGCCCAAACUGUGGCUUCCAGCAGCAGCUGCAGGAGUACCAGACGACACAGGUCUCAGAGUAUCGAACAUGGUUAGGGUCCAGUUUCCGUCCCAGUCCAUUCAAUGACCAGGAACAGGUGGGUGUCCUGUUGAGCCAGUACACAGAGCAACAGGAAAGCCAGAGCCGAGGAGCCGACCGACGGCGGAUGAAUCACGCCGUGGGUGUCUCUGCCGGGCCGUCACACCCUGCUGAUCCUGAAGGCAGCAGCUGAAACAUGGGCCGCUGACGAUGCCAAUGUCCUGCCCUACUCUCUCUGCAGCUAUUAUCAUUAUUAUUAUUAUUAUUAUUCUCUACCUAAUUACACAUCAACCUCAACUUUCAUGCAACUUUAUGGCAUUUGUUCAACUCAAAAUAUCUACUAUAAUAACAGCGGUUUAAUCAUGGCGGUUGAUUUAGAAUUGGGCUUCAGACUCUUAUCCACCAGCAGCACCUUCCUCGCUCAUUUAGCUGAGUGCGGCCAGGGUAUCGGCGCUCUCAGACGCUCUACUCUUUAGCUCAGCACCUGCCAUGAUAAAUAGACUAUUCUCCCACGUGGCUCUUUACACAAGCAUUGUCCAGCUUGGUAGCCUUAAAUAAGUGAUUAUGCUUUCUUGAAGGAACAUUUUAUCUCCCGUUAUGGGGGUGACCCGUCAAUGCUGGUGGACAAUUGAAUCCCCUUAAACAAAAUUCUUAGCAGUUAUUUUGACAUGGGCCAGUUGUGAUCAGUACUGCAGAUGGGGAUUGCAAGUCACACGUGUAAAAACUGGACAUUGCAUGUACCAUUCAACAACCAGUCAAUACACAAUAAGCGAAUAAUGGGCAUCUGUUCGUAGAUAGGUGUGUCCCUUCAAUAUCUAUAUCAGCGGUUAGAGGCGGAGGAAACGUGUUAGUCGUCUUUAUCAGUUACAGGAUAAAAGAAAAAGUACAAAAGUUCAAAAGGCCAAACCCUUUGUAGUUUGUCCGUCAUCAGGCUGUUUAAUAAGUCAUGAUUAGGUCACUGUAGAGUUGCAGAGAACAUGGGAUUCUACCAUAGAGAUUAAAAAACUUGAGACUAGAAGUAACCUCUGGAGUAAGUUUUAAAAUUGGUGAAACGUUCCUUUAAGUAAUGCAUAGCAAGUUGAAUUGGGAAACACUACAAUACAUAUGAAGAAUAACUGCUGAUGUGCAGAUGUGAAAGUCUUUCUGAUUUUACUGAAUCUGAUUCAUCUUUGUUGUGACAAAGCUGAUUUACAUGUUAUGUGUGUUAUAGAUUAAUAGCUGUAGGUAUUUUUUUCUAUUGUGUAUUUAUGAUGCUUUUUGUGUGGGUUUUGUAAUAAAAUGUUGACAAAAACUCAGAAAAUGCUAAUAAAUAUAUACUAUCAAC